AUGCCUAAACCAUCUGAAGAAGUAUGGAGAGAAUCGGAAGAAGGUUUUCGUGAAAAAUGGAAUUUUCCUGACGCGAUUGCUGCCAUUGAUGGAAAACACGUGUUGAUACAGGCACCACCGCACAGUGGAUCAAAUUAUUUUUGUUAUAAAAAACACUUUAGUACGGUGCUAUUAGCCUUAGUGGAUGCAAAUUAUAAAUUCAUAGUCGUAGAUAUUGGGGCUUUUGGUAAAAACUCUGAUGCUAGAAUUUUGCAAAAUUCUAAUUUGGGUAAAGGCUUACAAAAUGGAACUCUAAAUAUACCUUCACCAAAAAUACUACCAGGGGGCAAUGACGUAUUACCUCACGUCAUAAUUGCUUUCCCAUUAUGCACGAAUUUGAUGCGACCAUACUCACGCGACGAUGCACAAAGAAACGAAGAAAAAAAAGUGUUUAACUAUCGGUUGAGUCGUGCUAGAAAUACUGUGGAAAAUACGUUUGGAAUAUUGGCACGGAAAUUUUCGAACGUAAGUUGUCUAUGUUUCCAGAACACAUUGUGA